CCGCAAUCCACACUACUCCACAUCUUAGUCCCAGCUUCCAGCAGACCUCCAACAUGUCUGUGGAGAGGGAGAGCUCUCGAGAUAGAGAGCUAGUUCGACACUCACAUUCUUUCUCGUCGGCAGACGGCAAGAUACUGAUCCCAAUGUGGGACAGUUCAGACCCGGAUCGUGCGCCGCCGCCUCUUCCGCUCAAUCCAGGGUCGCCAGUCUUGACCACUCGCCCUGGCACCUCGUCGGCCAUAGCCAACGCUGCAAGAGCAUUGGAAGAGAAGGCGCGCGAAAGCAUGCCUACGAGCUCAUACACUACUAACCCCCUGCCACAGAGAUCUCCGGAGCGUUCCCUGAUCAAAGGCGCCCACCACAAGCGCAUGCAGUCACUGCAGACAUCAGGCCUUCGAGACUUGCGUAGUUACCUCGACACACAUCGUUCCCCAGAGCGCCCAGAACGCUCGACAGAACGACCGAAGACACGGUCAGGAACACCUCCACGCGAGUCUGAACACGACUACUUCGGCGUAGAUGCUGCACCUUCCAUCUCAUCUCCUGAUGUCCUCAAAGAAAUUCCCCCGCUUCGACCCUCCGCUCGCCUCACCCAUAAAUCCAUUCUCGGCGAAAACACUCCUCCAUCCGCCACUAUGAUGGCCCUGCAGAACAUGACCAUCCCGCCUCACAUGCUCGAUCCCCCCACCCACAGCGUGAAUAGCACUCCCUCCAAAUCAUCCCCACCUCCACUAGCGCCGUCACCGGCCGUCACCUCUGCUGAGCCUUCGGAUGCUAUAUCAACCCAAUUGCUCAGUAUCACCAACAUUGUCUCCAGUCUGCAAAAGGACAUGUCGCAAUUGAGCCGCCGCAGCAAGGACAACGCAAUGGAUCUGCACGGCCUCAAAGAAGCUACAAAUCAGCGUGACGAGGACAUUCGAAAGUCUCUCAAGGACCUUGUAUGCUCCAUGGGCCAGACGCAACAUGCUAUAAGUGGCCCUGCAGAGUUCUCCCGAUCCGGAAGCAGCCUGGGUGCCAAAGACCCUUUCAUGACCCCCACGAAACCUUUCGCUAUGCCUCCGAGAGCUGGAUCUCCUGGUUUCAUCAUGGAAGAUAGAAUAGGUAGCCCGAAUCCAUACUCUGUGGAAGGUGCUGCGAGUGUUGCCAUGCUUGAGAAGAUUAUUCGCGAGAUGGUGACCAAGGACGGCCAGGACCGACUCGUCAAUGCCUUGGAAAAGAUUGUCGAUCGCGCAACCGGGGAGACAGCGAAAAAGGUUACUGAGAUGGUAGAGUUCGUCAAGCAAAGUUCUACGAACAAUAACGCCGCCAACGCCUCACAGUCGUCUCCAAAUGGUGCAGGCCCGCUCACUCGCACUGUCAGCGAGGGGGUCUCACUGCACAAGGUCUCGGAAAGCGGGAAACCAUACAGCAGCCCCAAGGCUGCUGAUUUUGUCAGCGAGGAAAUGCUCAAAUUUCUUCGCAAAAUCAAAGAUAGUGUAGCCGAGGCCGGUGGUGUCACUAUGAGCAACAAGGCCUUGAUCCAGGACCUUCGUGGCGAAGUCCUAGGGAUGGGCCGAGAACUGGCUCGUAAGAUCGAGGAGGCAAUGAUGGAGAGAUCUGAACAGCCUGCUCUCGAAUCUGGUCGACCUAACGAGGAGGUAGGGCAAAUCGUUCAGGCCGGUCUAGAAGACCUCAAGGAGCACAUGGAUCGGGUCAUGCGCGACCGGAGGCGGCAGUCAAUGUCUUCAGUGACAACUCGCAACACAGUUGAUAGCAACGAAGUUUACGACGUCGUCAAGCAUGCUCUUGCUGAACGCGGCCUCGAUAAAUACUCCCCGGACGCAGCAUCCUUAGACAAGGAGGCCAUUGUUUCGGCAGUCAAGGUCGCUUUUGAAGAAUAUCAGCCCAAUAUUGAAAUUCAGACGAUCGGACUGAAAAACGAAGAAGUUCUUGAUUGUCUUCGUGAGGGACUGCAGGACUAUCAAGCCAACAAUGGAGUUUCUAGAGAGCACAUCGAACAAACCAUCCAAGAGUCAUUGCGACAUGUUCAGCUACCUGCGCCGGUCAACGAAGCCCACGAAAUGCGCGAUGAAGUUCUUUUCGCGGUUCGAGAAUGUCUAGAGGAUUUCAAACCUUCUCUUGUGUCUCAACAAUCCUCAUCAGAAGGUGUCUCUCGAGAACUCAUUCUUGAUGCCAUGAAGCAAGCUCUCGCCGAACAUCAGCCCGAAGGCCAGACUCUGGACAUUCCACCGGAGGCUCUGUACGAUGCUGUUAAAGUCGGCUUGGAAUCAUCCCGCGCUUUAUCUGCCCCUACCAACGAUGAGCCCGCAAUGCAACAUCUCCAAUCUCUAGUACAAGAGAUGCAUUCCGAAUUCAAAACAUCUUCUGGAAAAGGAAACGACACGGAACAAGUGCUUGAGGCUCUCCGUGAGGGAUUAGACAAUCUUCGAUCCCAAAUUGACGGCUACGUCGACAAAGCCCAGGACACCACACACAAGGACGAAAUUCUGGACAACCUCCACGCAGAACUUGGUCAGCUUCGGAUCGAUGUUCAAGGUUAUGUAGCCGAAGGCUUGCGUGGGGACCAAGAAUUCAAGCAAGAAGACUUGAUCACAUAUAUAAAGUCUGAGUUUGAGCAUCUCUUAGAGGAGAUGGCGAAGCAGAAGGUUCCCACCAACGACGACAAGGAAGAGAUCCUCCAGGCUUUGAACGCUGGGUUUGGUGGCAUGAACUCUCAAGUCGUUACCCGUAACAUGGAUCCGGGGUCGAACGAGGAAUUCGAUGCGGUCAUGAAGGAGGAGCUUGAGUUACUCAAGGACAGCCUUCUAGCCGACCACUCAACACACAAGGGCGAAGUAAUUGAGAAGUUGCAAAACGGCUUCGACGGUCUACAUGUGCUAUUCCAAGAGCAUGCCAAUACUUCGUCUGGCACCAACGAUGAAGUACUCGUUGCCAUGAAAGAGGAAUUCGAGCAUCUCCGUGAAACGCUCGCCGGUGGCCUUAUACGAUCCGGCGGCCCGGCAGACAAGGAGGAUAUUAUCGAUGCUGUACGUGAGAUAAGAGACGGUCUCCGCGUUGACCAAGAAACUACAGCCAAAGAAUCACUGGCCGCCUUCCAACAAGACCUUGACAACCUGAAAGAGUCGUUUGGAAGUAGUCUUGUCAAAGCAGAAGAUCCCGCGGAGAAGGCCGACAUACUUGACGCUAUCAAAGCCGCCCUGGAGGAACUUAAAGCUGGCUCUGCCUCUGGAAAUGUUAAUGCCGAGCUGCUUGAAGCCUUCCGGGGCGAAUUCCGCAUUUCGACAGCACAAAUCCAGCAGCGUACGCACGACGAAUCCGUAGAGAUGCUAGAUCAAAUUCGCUUGAACGUUGAUGAUCUUCGGUCGCAUUUGGAGAAGAAGCUUGACAACCCUGAUCGACAGAUGUCAGCCACCAACGACAUUCUGGAUGUACUCAAUGAAGGUUUAGAGGGGCUGAGAACAGAUGUCGACAAGGCCGUCAACAAGCCUGUGGACAUGACUGUCUCCUAUGAGAUUCUGGACACGCUCAAGUCCGGACUGGGAGAGCUACGGGAAGAUAUUGAGAAGCUCAAAGCUGCCUCCAGGACCAAUGAAGAUGGAGAAACGCCGGUAACGACCGGCAAUGAAGUCGUGCUCGCAGAGGAUCCCGAACAAGCUCAACCUGAUACAACUAGCCGUGAGAUAGUCCCCGACUCUGACUCCGACUCUUUGCGACGCAAUGAUCUCGAAAAAAUGGAAGUCAUACUCGCACAGCUACAGAUCAAAGUAGAAGCUAUGGAUGCCAACAUUCAGAAUCCCUCGACCCCUGAGCCUAUUGCAGCUCCAGGUACAGCAAUGAAGGAUGAUCUCACUGGUAUGGCAUUGAAAGAUGAUCUUGUCAGCAUCGAGGAGCUCCUCAAAGACGUCCAUGCUGCUGUUCUGGUAUUACAGGAUCAGCAAACCCCCGCACCUCCUGCCGAGGGACUUGCGUCCAAAGAAGACACCGAUGCUAUCGAGACAUUGCUUGAUAACAUGAGAGCCAAACUCGAAGAGCUCCCACUUCCCGAUCCAGCAACCAGUGCGACCAAGGAGCAUUUGGAGGAGGUCGAGCUGGCAGUUCGAUCCACGUCGGAAGCCAUCGAAACCCUGGCUAAAAAGAUUGAGGAGGAAGGAGCUUCGAAGGCAGACGUCACGGUAGUACAGGUGAUUGCUGAUGAUAUCAAGACUGCUUUAGAUGAGAUGAAAUCAUCAAAGUCUGAAGAAGACGACAACCCGCAAGCCAGCAAGGCCGACGUUGAUGCCCUGUCACUACUUGUUGAUGAUCUUAAAAUCAAGCUCGAUGAACUGAAGAUCUCCGACCCCGAACAACUUCCAACGAAGACUGAUUUCGACCAACUCAAUGACUGUGUCAACGACUUGAAGGAACGAUACGAGGACGACAUCGCAGUGACGGCCAAGAGUUUCGAUGACCGGCGAAACGAAGCAAAAGGCUUGUCUGAGGAUUUGGGCGAGGUCAAGACUACUCUAGAUGAGGUAAAGGAGCACAUCGUUGCUUCCCUCACUGAGGGUGGGUCACUCGAUGGACUGAAAGACUCUUUCAAAGCAAUGGAAGAUAAUGUCAUCACGAACUUCAACAUCACCCCUGACAUAAAGGAGUUGAUGGAGACUGUUGCACGCGAGUUCGAACGUGCCCAUGGAUCAAUUGCGGACCUUCAAGUCAACCAAGUCGAGAAGACCAGCGAAGCGAAAGAUGCCAUCAUUGCGAGCUUUACAGAGAAGAUCGAUGAGCGCUUCGACACCCUGAUGGCCAAAUACGACGAUGCUCAACUUCUUGCUGAUGAGCAGGCCAAGGUAAUGAAAGAGAAGGCGGAAUCGCAGGAGAAGAUCCUCGAAGAAGCCAAGACCAUGGCCGACGAACUUCGUCUUACCAUCGACACCCUGGGCAGCUCCAUCACCAACAUGAACGACAAAUUUGAGGAAACAACUCAGAAGUGGUCGACGGAUUCUUCAACAGUCUUCACCAAAGUAGACGAGGCAUUGGUGAAGCUUGAGGACCAGAAGCUUGAAGACAAGACGGAGCAUUCGCACACUCGCGAUGAAAUCAAGAACAUCGAACGCAUCUUUAUCGGUCUCCAGGAUAAUGUCACUGAAUAUCACCCCAAAUUCAUGGUUGCGCUUCGGGAGAUCGAGGCAUUAGUCAAGGCGCAUUACGAUCACGCCCAGAAGAUGAAAGAUGAUGCGGAAGAGCAUGCUCGAGCAAUGAACGAGGACGCCAAAUCUCGCGCUGAAGAACUCCAGAAACACUUUUCAUCUCUACCAGCGCUUCUCCCCGCGCCUGCACCGACCAUCGAAAUGCCCGAGAAGUACGAUGACGCUCAGGUACAAGAGAAGCUCGAUAGACUGCUGGGUCACGUUGAUGAAGCCGACAAGGCUGCGGAUCAAGUGGAGCGUCUGGACGAGAUUCACGCUCAAGUCAAAGCGACCGCCACUGAAGUUAGUGAAUUCGUCGCCAAACAAACUCAAUUCAUCACAGAUGGCAACGAGACGAAAGAGCGAGAGGCCGAGGAGCUCGCUCUCUUGGUCGAGCGCAGAUCAACCCAAAAGGAAUCGCUCGAAGCUGACAUUGAAGCUCUAAAGGCGGAGAAACAGCAAGUAAUGCAGGAGCUCAAGGAAGAAAAGGAACGUGCCAUGGCUGAAUUGAAAGAAGAGAAAGAACGUACUAUCCAGGAAGUCAAAGAAGAAAAGGACUCCCUUCUUGCUGUGGUGGCUACCCUACAAGCUGAGCGGGAAAACCUCGCUAGCCAGAAGAUCCGUCUUACCGGUCAAGUCUCCUCUCUGCACACCGCACUUGAUAUUCGACGAGAGGAACUUCACAUGAUGGAUGCCAAAGCCGACGCUCUCGAACGCCGCAUUGUCAAUGGUUUGAUGGACCACUCCCGCGCACUCAUGAUUGCGAAGGAUGGACGAAAGAGCCCCAUCAAACAGAAAAAGCGUAUGAGCGUGGAUGUUCCCGCCGAUACAAGCAAGCUGAUGCCUCCUCCAAGUGCGGUAGCCAACGGAUUGUCUCUCGCCCUGAAGCCUCGACCAGCUAUUCGUCGUAACGGCCCACCAAAUCCUGCCAGUCGUCGUAUCCAUUCUUUGAGCCAAAUCAGCGGCAAUGCUCCUACCGGGGCUCAGGCUUAUCCCGUGACCAACAUCAGUCUGUCUAAUGCUGGACUCAAACGAAGCCAAUCAGUUCGAACGAACAAUCUUCGCAAAGGUUCCUGGGGACCUACUGCGACGAUUGCGAACAAAGAGAACGAGAUUUUGAGUGAAGAGGAUGAGGCUGCCACUGAGCGAGGCACCCCUACCCACGCUGAUCUCAUCAUCGAGGAAAACAACGACGAUAUUGGAAGCCAGACAGGAACCGAACGCCGCCAUAGUCUUGAUGCAACAUCCUACACUGACGGCGAAACUCCUGGUUACGACAGUCGAUCGGAAUACGGCGGCACUGAUAGCAUGUACUCUGGCUCCUCUUACUUCACCAACAGCGACGGCGACCGCCGCACAUCUUUUAACUCGAUGGCACACUCGGCCGUACACGACACCGCCGAGAGUAUCGACGAGGAAAGUGAGGACGAGAUAUCCGAGCUCGACCAAUCCGACGCUGAAGAUGACGAUCCCACCGCCACGAUCGAUAAAACCGAUUUCGCUGCUCCUUCCGAGAUCACUGCAUCCGAAGUAACUGGCUCUGAACUUUCUACCACCACUGCUGGUAGCGACGAUGGACCAUUGCAUACGCAGUCCGAGAUCAACCGCGCUGUCGAGGAAGUCAUCGCCGAAGAGCUCAAAGAUGGCAAAUUCGCCCUGCCCAGCGAUUCCGGCGUCGGCACAGAUUUGCCCACCGCGGACCUUGGGAAUCAGAGCGAUGUGGACGCUGAUUACUUCAGGCGCGCGGCAGAGGAGGAGAGUACGGUUGGGUGAGUUUGAGACGCGGAGUGUGAUGUUUUGGUGCUUUUUUCCAUGGUUGUUCGAAAAAAGAAUGAUUUAUUCUCUUCUUUUGUACCAUUGUUCCCGAUCGGUCACCCACGUUCAAUGUCGGGCUAGGGGGUUCACGAGGGCAAUAAUGGAUGGUUUUGCUAUUGCUGGAAUAUGGGGUGAAGGGUUCCUUCGCUGAGAGAGAUGAUCGAUGAGGUGGAAGAAUAACAUUGGUGGUGUUUACCGAGUUUGCUCGGUAAGAACU